AUGCACGCUCUUUCCCACGCCAGGACGCGGGCAUCAUCAUCAACAAGUAAAAUCCCACACGUCGCCGUUGUCGGGGCCGGUAUCUCAGGACUCCGGUGCUCAGAUGUCCUCUCCCGCAGCGGCGUCAAGGUAACACUGUUCGAAGCCCGCAAUCGCAUCGGCGGACGCGUCCACCAAGCCUCAUCCGGCGGCUACCUCAUGGACAUGGGCCCGAACUGGAUCCACGGCACGAAGGGCAAUCCGAUCAUGAAUCUCGCCUCGAAGACUGGGACGACUGUCAUGGAACCCGAGGAAGAAGGUGCCCUCUUCGACCGUCACGGCAGACGACGACCGGACCCCGAAGCCAUCGAGCUCUCGAGUAAGAUCUGGGAAAUGGUGGUCGAUGCGUUCAAGCAUAGCGACGAACGUUCUUCCAGCAUCGAUCCCGGGACCAGUCUGUUCCAGUAUUUCCAAGCCCAACUUUCAAGGGCCGGGAUCGAUGGACCGAAACGUGAUGACCUUCUUCAUGAAGCGCAGAUGUGGGGUCCCUUCGUCGGCGACUCGGUCGAGAAACAGAGUCUCAAGUUCUUCUUUCUGGAAGAAUGUAUCGAGGGCGAAAACGUCUUUGUCGCCAGCACGUACAGCGCUAUCCUACGCGAGAUCGGUCGCACGGUGACAGAGUCUAACAAAAUCGAUUUACUUUUGGAAACAGAGAUUGUCCAUUGCAAUUUCGAAACCUCUCCCGACGGCGAAAACGAGGCGAUUACGCAUACGGUGACACUCACAACUUCAACAGGCCACACUUGCACCUUUGACGAAGUCGUCAUCACCUGUCCGCUAGGCUGGUUGAAACGCUACCACACCAGCGCAUUCACACCGAAAUUGCCCUCCAGACUAUCCUCCGCCAUCGAACACAUCAACUACGGACGUCUAGAAAAACUAUAUGUGACGUUUCCCGAGGCGUUCUGGCUCUCUCCGUUCCAAGACGCCGAGACCGACAGCACUCACAUUCACGCGCACACUCGCGGUAGAGAUACGUCCAGCCACCCUAUCUUCACCCACUUCCACGACCCGUCCUAUAUCCCUCACCCCGAGACCGAAAAAUGGAACCAAUCCGUCGUCUCCCUCGCGCAUCUGCCCUCUCCCCACGCCCAUCCUACACUGUUGUUCUACAUCUACGGACCCUGCGCCACACACGUUGUCCAAUCAAUCCAAUCCCUUCCACCGCACUCGCCUCAAUAUAACGAGACCCUACGUUUGUUCGCGGAACCAUUCUACGCUCUCCUGCCUGGCUAUCAUCCCAACGACCCCAUCUGUACGCCGACUUCAUUCCUCAUGACGCAAUGGCAAGCAGACCCCUUCGCGGGCCAUGGUUCAUACUGUAAUUUCCAAGUCGGCCUAGAACGAGGGGACGAGGAUAUCGAAGUCAUGAGGUCCGCGGGAGGAUUGAACGAGCAGGGUCUCUGGUUGGCAGGCGAGCACACGGCGCCGUUUAUUGCGCUGGGGACCACGACAGGGGCAUGGUGGAGUGGCGAAGGUGUCGCGAGACGGAUUUGUGACAAGUACGGGAUUAAGAUCGAGGUUGCUGACGAUGAUGGUGCGGAUGAUGGUGCGGGUGGAAUGAAGAAGAUGCUGGAUGGAGACCGAAGUAAAGCGGAUGCGGCGAAUUUGAAUGGAUUGGCGAUAUAA